AUGGCUUCAAACGCCAUGUGGGAGGUAGACCCAGAAACUCGUUCAAAGUUGCUUGCUAUACAAAAAACAAAUUCAAAUGACAGGUGUUGUGAUUGCAACGCCCCAUCUCCGCAAUGGGCAUCUCCGAAGUUUGGUAUUUUUAUAUGCUUGAGCUGUGCUGGUAUACAUAGGGGACUAGGUGUUCAUGUUAGCUUCGUGCGGAGCAUAACAAUGGAUGCUUUCAAGGCAGGCGAAAUUGAACGGAUGCGACUCGGAGGGAACAAGCCAUGGAGAGACUUUUUUGAAGAAGCUGAAAGUAAUAAAAUAAUAAGCAUGACGUGGGACAAGGCUACUAUCUCUGAGCGAUAUGCAGAGGAGGUCGGUGAAGAGUGGAAGGAACGUCUCACCGCGAAAGUAGAAGGAAAGGAAUAUGUUCGAGCCGAAAAACCUCACUCGCAUCGAGCUCAUGUAAUUGAUGUGGCUAACAGCAUCCAAGCACCCCUUGGCUCUGCCGGUGGACCCGGCUCUCGCGCCAAAGUGGACGAAAAAUACUUCGCGAGUUUAGGUGCAGCCAAUGCCUAUCGAUCCUCUGAUUUACCCCCAUCACAAGGAGGAAAAUACUCUGGUUUUGGAUCUCAACCACUCGAGUCUCCACGUGAAGUAGCUAAAUUACCUGGAUUGGAUGAUCUACAAAAAGACCCCGUUGCAGCAUUAACUAAGAGCUUUGGUUGGUUUACCACUACAGUGGGUAAGACAGCAAAGACUGUCCAUGAAGAUUAUAUUCAGCCUACUGCCAAAUCGCUUGCAGAUUCUGACAUGGCAGUGCAAGCCCGUUUUGCAGCUAACCAAGUCGCCCGAAGCGCCCAGUCAGGUGCCAAAAAUGCUGCCGACAAUUUCAAUCGUUUUGUUGAAGGCGGUAAUGGCAAGACCAGCAUAGAUGGCUACCAGAAAAUGCCUCUAGACAGCAGUAAAACAGAAAAUUGGGAUAGCUUUUCCAACGCAAGUGCUCAGCAAAACAGAAGUACCAGCUCAGUUGGCACAAGUGCCAUUAAAAAAUCGAGCGGGGGAAGUCGCUCAGGUCUAAUGACCAAAAAUGAUGAGGAUGUGUGGGAGAAGUGGUGA